UCUAUGAACACACAAACAUGUUGACUGCUCAAUAGGCCUUUAGCUUUUGCUGGAAGGUUCCCAUGGUACAAGUUAGACUUGGCUCGCAUCGUCUUUGACAACCUGAUGUGUACAGGGGAGGAGACCAGUUUGGAGCAAUGUAACCACACAGGCUUUUACAAGCAAGACUGCGGUCGUUCUAAGGACAUUGGUAUCAUCUGCAGCUCGCAUGCACAGCUGCAGGUCCGGCUUGUGAAUGGAACCUUGUGGAAUGGUCUCCUUGAAAUAUCGUACCACGAAAGAUGGGGCUUGGUCUGUUCCAGUAGAUAUGAAAAAGAACUGGCACAGGUGUUCUGCAGGAUGUUGGGAUUCAACACGUCGCAAGCUCUGACGGUGUCAGAAUACAGGAACAGAGCAGUAUCAACAGAUGUCUUCGUUUACAACGUGAAGUGUGCAGGCGAUGAGUCCAGCUUAGAUGAGUGUAGUCAUGAAGAGUUUACGGAAAUCUCGUGUCGCUCUGUCACUGCUAUCAUCUGCAACACACAACAUACACGAAUGCGUUUGAGAAAUAUUGACAACCUUGGACCUAACAGAGGUCAGGUACAGAUGGACAUGGGAGGCGGCAGCUGGGGAACAGUGUGCGUGGAGUAUAGCAGCACUGCCAAAGUCAUCUGCAAACAGUUCGGCUUACCAUCGUGA